AUGAUUUUUAGAUUGUGGGCUCCCCGGACGGACCGUUCGGAGAACGAUGCUGAGUUUCAGCGACCAGACCGCAGCGUUCCCGCGCCAGCUCCGCCAAGUGACACACAUGUGAAUUUCGGAGACCUCGGGCAAGCUGUCCCCAUUGCGACUUGGCAUAUAGGCGGUAGGAACAGGUUCGCGAAUGAUGAGCAAUACCGCAAGAUGGUUGACGAGCGUAGUGCGCUACUGUUUUCUUCGAUUAUGUGA